AGGAGAAGAAGGCUUUAGGAGCAAUUAGCAGGGAGCCGAAGGCGGCGGCUGCUGCUGCCGCCCGGGAGGAAGCGAGGGCAGCUCCCGAGGCUCCCUCCGCAGCAGGCACCGCUCCCUCCGACUGCAAAAGGGUUUCAGAUGUCCCACCGCUGCUUGACCCCCUGCAAAUAAGGGUUGACCACCAGAGGCACAUCCCACCUCUGACUUGUAAUCGCUGACAUUUAGGCUACAGCUUCCAACCUGUUUACAACCAAAGGGGGAGGGAAAGGAAGGGAAGGGGAAGCGUGGGGGGAGACAAGUUGGGAAUUUUCCCUCUCUCUCUCUUUCUUGCUCUCUCUCUUUGGUUUUUUUUUUUUUUUUAAAUACUGCUCUGGAGAAUUCAAAGCAAAACAAAGAAACUGCCUCCUCUGGGGUUGACAGUGAGAAAGGACGAGUUGUGCAACUGGUUGGGGAUUUGCAAAAAGGCAAGGGGGUGGGGAUCAGAAGAAGGUGCAAAGCCACAAAGUGUGAGUGCGUGUGUGUGUAAAGGGGUAUGUGUGAAAAAUCCCUUCCAGCACCCCUUUCCGCUGGUUAUUAUUUAUUUUUGUUGUUGUUGUUGUUCACUUUGCUGUCAUCUAUUUUUCAGACCUUUCUGCAUCUAAGAUGGUGAAGAAAGGAGUGAGGAAGAGAACAAAAUAACUACUGGGAAGUCUCAAACCAGCUCUUUUUUCUGAGGGAGGACUCGAAGGAUUAAAAGGCAGCAACUUCUGAGGCGAUUUGUCCCCUGAGUUAUGGAUGUUGGUGCACAUACUUCAGGCCAGAUCAGAGCUCAGAGGGAUCUAACCAGAAGCAGCAACCACCGGCUCUCCACUUGCCUUUUACCAGGUUUUACCCUUCCAGUAUGUUUCAUUUGAUAAGACAUUUUCCAGCGCCCAGAGUUUCAGUACAAUGUGCAAAUGGAUACUGACAAAUGGUGCCUCAGCCUUUUCCCACCUGCCUUGUUGCUGCUUGCUGCUGCUCUUCUUGGUGUCUUCCGUGCCUGUCACCUGCCAUGACCUCGGCCAGGACAUGCUGUCCCCGGAGGCCACCAACUCUUCUUCUUCAUCAUCCUCCUCCUUCCCCUCGUCCUUCUCCUCUCCUUCCAGUGCGGGGAGACACGUGCGGAGCUACAAUCACCUCCAAGGAGACGUGCGCAAGAGGAAGCUCUACUCUUACAACAAGUACUUUCUCAAGAUCGAGAAGAACGGCAAGGUCAGCGGCACCAAGAAGGAGAACUGCCCCUUCAGCAUAUUGGAGAUAACAUCUGUAGAAAUUGGAGUUGUGGCAGUUAAGUCCAUUAAGAGCAACUAUUAUUUAGCCAUGAACAAGAAAGGAAAAGUCUACGGCUCUAAAGAGUUUAACAGUGAUUGCAAGUUGAAGGAAAGAAUAGAAGAAAAUGGGUAUAAUACAUAUGCUUCCUUAAAUUGGAAGCACAAUGGAAGGCAAAUGUUUGUGGCCCUGAAUGGAAGGGGAGCUACGAAGAGAGGACAGAAAACAAGAAGGAAAAACACUUCAGCUCACUUUCUUCCAAUGGUAGUAAUGUCAUAGAUGAAGGAACUAUUUUAUUGAUGCAGUUGAACCAAAGGCUCUUAUGUCAAGAAUUUUUGGUAAUCCUAUUGAAGAGUAAAUGCAAAGAAAUAGCGCAGACAUCUGCCUGUUUCAAAAGAGAACAGGGAAGCCUUUGAAGGUUUUGUACUCAUUGCUGGCACUUGAAAUACUUUUAUUUAGUUCAGUGUCAUAUUUUAUAGUCAAGAUACAACCUGCAUCAAAGGGGAUGAAAGUUAUUGCCAGUGUGAACAAUUUUUUUUUUUUUUUUUUCCUGCAACAGAACUUAAAGGACAUGAGACAAUCUGUUGCAUGAUCUUCAUGGGGAAUGCUAUUUAUGGAAUACUAACUCAUAUCAAAGACCUUAAUUGCUUGUUCAAGCCUAAUGAUCCAAUGAACAGUUAGACAUGCAAGCAUUUACUGGAAGCACUUGGAUCAUAUGCACAAAUAAUGACAUUUCUGGCGAAGCCUUGUGGAAGAAUGGGAUAGAAUUAAGAAAUAUAAGCAAAGUAGUGUAAAACUGUUCUAACAAAACGAAUAGUAUGGUUUGCUUAUAUUUUCUAACUUCAUUUCUUUUUAUUUCUCUCUAAGUUAUUUAUUUAAUAGGAUGUUAAAUAUCUUUUUGAUUUGAAAUGUUUUCCUCAUUUGCUUCUUUGCUAUUUUCCCUUUUUCUCAAUACUUCACAUUGAGGUUGAUAGGAUAAAAUGUCAAAACCUCAGAAGUACACUGAGAAUAGGUAUUAGACAAGGCUUUAAAGGCAGAAUUUAAUGUGUAUAAUCCAUUUUUUUCCUAAACUGUCUUGCACUUAAGCAAAAAGACCAAACAAGCAGUGCUUGGAUUUAUGGUAUUGGGUGUCUUUAUGUUGGAGAAUUUUUUUUACUUAUCAGCACUCAAGAACAAACUUCAAGAAAUACUUUGUUCAAAGGGUCUUUCUGCUAUUUUGAAAUUGAGAGAAGGGGCCACAUCUGUACUUGGGUGUCAGUGCAGCUGUGUGUAUAUUGAUCGGACUGAUUUCAAUUUGGAGCUAAGAUCUAAUGGAUUGCAAUCACUGCAAUAUUCUGCAGCAAGCCUUGGGCUGGAACCUAGAUGUGAACAGCCCUAUUAACGUCUCUGAGAUUGCAAAUGUUAAAAUUAUACAGUGUGUAAUUCCCAAGUGUAAAAUUUGGCCUCUGAAAGGUAAGUAAGAAGGCAACAUGGUCGUUCCUGCACUUCUUAUUCAGUUAAUACCAGUUAAGUUGCCCGUUCAGCGCAUUUGUCCUUGUUAUCACCUUGUAGAAUCAUGGGCACAUAGUGGGAGCGAUACCCAAGAAAGGACUGAGGAACAGGAGAUCCAAAAUCGUGCUCAUGCAUUUAUCAGAGAUUAUUACUCACUUUUAUAUUAUAUAUGAGAGCCAACAAAAAAGCUGUGCUGGUAUCCAGCUUUAGCAUGCCUUUCAUAUCCAUCACAGUAACUGAAGGCUCAAAAUACAUAAUAUCCAGCACAUUUUUAUGAAGUGUUACUAGUCCCAUGGCUUAACUUGAGCAACUGCAGUAUAACAAAGUUAAGCAUAAUAUGAAGUCUGUUCAAUUAAAGGUACAUAAGGUUUGUUUUAUGUUUUACUUUACUCUGUAAUUUUAGAGAGCUCUGGAUAGCUCACCAAUGUAACCAUAUUGAAAUUCAUUUUGUUAGAGCAGAUAAAUAGAAAACAGUACAUCAAACAAUUUGUACCACUGUCUUCACAUUGUAUUCCACUAAAUAAAUAAAUAAGCCUUUGCAGUGUCUUUAGUAAGAAACAAAAGUAGUAUAAUAUUAUUUUGUUCUAAAUACUUUAAGUGAUAACUAUGAGAUUAUAUUGAUGCUGCAGUUUUAUCUUCAUUAUUUCUUGUUGUGAAAAAGUUGGUUUUAUUUUUAUUGUUUGGAAACUGUAUUUUGGUACAAACGAGAGCCUUGCUUAAUGUGUCUUUUUGAGAAUGUUUAACCUCUAUAAAGGCUGGUGUUGUUGGAAUCUUCUAUAACUUAUUUAAGUCAAUGUUUAACCAGCACUUCAUUCUUAAUCUGUUAUUUAAAUCUUAGCUGUUUUUUUUUAAAAAAAAAAGCAAAAAAUAAUAGCUUUCCCAUAAAAUACAAAAUGGUCAGAUUGUAUUUCCUGUCCUUAAAUAAAGUCAACUGUUUUAAAACCA